UACAGGCGAAUAUCUGUCGAAUAUCCAACCUGAAUCUGAUUUUACCUCGGUUCAGAGGAGUGGGUAGCAGAUAUUGCCAAUGGCUACAUAAAAACGAACUAUCCACACUCAAUAAUCUUUCUUAAAAGCUAAGGAGUCGCAGAAUGUUGUUAGCCAGCUAACGAUAUUGUUGCAUUGCUUGUCAACUUUGUUGGGUCCUCGAGGAAUUACUGUCACGCUAGCCAGCGUUAGCUUCUAGUAGUGUGAGCCAAACCCUACUUAGUUCAAUUUAUCUCUGGUCAGGACCCAGUGGUCAGCAGUAUCCUUGCUAGCUGUGAGGGAUGAGCCAUGGGCCGGAACGUCGUGGGAUCCAUGUGGACCAGUCAGAGCUGUUGUGUACGAAGGGAUGUGGUUUCUAUGGCAAUGUGGCCUGGCAGGGCCUCUGCUCCAAGUGCUGGCGGGAGGAGUACCAACAAACCAAACACAAACAGAUCCAGGAGGACCAUGCUCUGGCAGAGAGGUUACAGAUGGAGGAGGAGGCAGCAUACGCUAUCAACCACCAGGGGGCAGCCCAGUCCCAGCCUGCCAUCGCACCCUUCAGCAAAUUUGAAGAGAGGAAAACUAAGGAGAAGUCACGGAAAAUCAACACAGUGACUAAGUUUUUCACUCCCUCAGCAAAGACACCACCCAAGAAAGACUCUGUAACUGGCGAGGCCCAGUCGACCCCCAGCCCCUCAGUGAGCCGCAAGCCCUUAGAGACGGACCGCACCACACGAGGGUUCAUCGACUUCCUCAAGACACUGAAACCUGGCAGGGAGAUCUUCAAACAGUGCAGGGCCUUCACAGAGAGCAUGGCCUGCAAGAGGGACCUGGGUGCUGAUGAGUUGUCUGAGUGUGUUCAGGACUUCUACCAGAACCUGUCAGACCGCCUGCAAACACACUACAAAGGGUCGUCGGAACGCGUGGAGAGUGUGAUGGACGAGGUAGAGAGGUACAUGAUGACACGUCUCUACGAUGAGGUCUUUUGUCCUGAGACCACAGACGAUGAGAAGAAAGACCUGGCUGUUCAGAAGAGAAUCAGUGUGUGUGUGGGUUGCAGGGCCUUGCAUUGGGUCACCAUUGAGAUGCUGUGUGUCCCUGUGGAUGAGGAGAUUCCUGAGGUGUCUGAUAAUGUGGUCAAAGCCAUCACAGACGUGAUCGAGAUGGACUCGAAGCGUGUGCCCAGGGACAAGCUGACCUGCAUCACGCGCUGCAGUAAGCACAUAUUCAAUGCCAUCAAGACCACCAAGAAGGAGGCAGCAUCUGCUGAUGACUUCCUGCCCACCCUCAUCUACAUCAUCCUGAAGGCCAACCCUCCGCGACUGCAGUCCAACAUCCAGUACAUCACCCGCUUCUGUAACCCUAGCCGCCUCAUGAGCGGAGAGGACGGAUACUACUUUACCAACCUGUGCUGUGCGUUGGCCUUCAUAGAGAAGCUGGAUGGCCAGUCUCUGAACCUUAGCGCUGAGGUGUUUGAGCUCCACAUGUCAGGCCAGGCGUCCCCCCAGCAGCCCCAGGCUGCCCCCUCCCCCCCAGGCAGUGCUGCUUUCAGCGAGAUGAACGAGCGUCUGGACCUGCUGACGGGGCUGGGCGUGAGGCAGGAACACGUCAUGGAGGGAGCUCGCCGCCUGGAGAGUGACCUCAUCGACUGGAGGGACGGGGUGGAGCACAAAGUGCAGGAUGUGUUGGAGAGGUUCCCCCUGGAAAUGCACCCCCCCGCCUCUUCUGCCAUAGACGCUGACAAUGUGGAGAACGACCUCCUGCCGCCUCCUCUCCAACCGCAGUUGUUUGCCGGCUGACCUCCAACACCCUGACCCUCUGGACUUGUUACUCUCUCUCUCUCCACCCUGGAAAGUGGCUCCUGUUCUAAUGCACAUAUAGGUUCCCUGUAAUGUAUCCAAGAAGUGUAACUCCAACCCUCCCCAUUGUAUGCAUCCUUAAAAUAGAUGCUUGCAGUCGCCUGUACCCCAGUACUCUUAAAUCGACCACUUUCCUGGUCGGUCUUCAGCACUGAUUAGUAAGAGUACCAGAUAGGUCGUAGGCAUAUUGCCUUCAUCGAUGGUCAUGAAGGAAAGGAGAUAAGGAACGGAAGCCUUUUAAGACUGUUGGGACACAGACCAUUGAUUUUAUCCCCUGUAUUACUCCUGACUGAUUCCAAGUCUGAGUACAGAAGCCCUGGUGAGAGGCAUCUGUUAGGAUCAUGUGUAUGUAACCACAACCAAAUUUCCCCUGAAUAUGUCUAUAAAUAUGUGUGUGUGUAUAUAUAUAUAUAUAUACAGUGGGGCAAAAAAGUAUUUAUUCAGCCACCAAUUGUGCAAGUUCUCCUACUUAAAAGGAUGAGAGGCCUGUAAUUGUCAUCAUAGGUACACUUCAACUAUGACAGACAAAAUGAGAAGAAAAAAAUCCAGAAAAUCACAUUGUAGGAUUUUUUAUGGAUUUAUUUGCAAAUUAUGGUGGAAAAUAAGUAUUUGGUCACCUACAAACAAGCAAGAUUUCUGGCUCUCACAGACCUGUAACAACUUCUUUAAGAGGCUCCUCUGUCCUCCACUCAUUACCUGUAUUAAUGGCACCUGUUUGAACUUGUUAUCAGUAUAAAAGACACUGGUUCACAACCUCAAACAGUCCCACUCCAAACUCUACUAUGGCCAAGACCAAAGAGCUGUCAAAGGACACCAGAAACAAAAUUGUAGACCUGCACCAGGCUGGGAAGAAUGAAUCUGCAAUAGGUAAGCAGCUUGGUUGGAAGAAAUCAACUGUGGAAGCAAUUAUUAAGAAAUGGAAGACAUACAAGACCACUGAUAAUGUCCCUCGAUCUGGGGCUCCACGCAAGAUCUCAUCCUGUGAGGUCAAAAUGAUCACAAGAACGGUGAGCAAAACUCCCAGAACCACACGGAGGGACCAAGUGAAUGACCUGCAGAGAGCUGGGACCAAAGUAACAAAGCCUACCAUCAGUAACACACUACGCCGCCAGGGACUCAAAUCCUGCAGUUCCAGACGUGUCCCCCUGCUUAAGCCAGUACAUGUCUAGGCCCGUCUGAAGUUUGCUUGAGAGCAUUUGGAUGAUCCAGAAGAAGAUUGGGAGAAUGUCAUAUGGUCAGAUGAAACCAAAAUAUAACUUUUUGGUAAAAACUCAACUCUUCAUGUUUGGAGGACAAAGAAUGCUGAGUUGCAUCCAAAGAACAUCAUACCUACUGUGAAGCAUGGGGGUGGAAACAUCAUGCAUUGGGGCUGUUUUUCUGCAAAGGGACCAGGACGACUGAUCCGUGUUAAAUGAAAGAAUGAACGGGGCCAUGUGUCGUGAGAUUUUGAGUGAGAAUCUCCUUCUAUCAGCAAGGGCAUUGAAGAUGAAACGUGGCUGGGUCUUUCAGCAUGACAAUGAUCCCAAACACACCGCCCGGGCAACGAAGGAGUGGCUUCGUAAGAAGCAUUUCAAUGUCCUGUAGUGGCCUAGCCAGUCUCCAGACCUCAACCCCAUAGAAAAUCUUUGGAGGGAGUUGAAAGUCCAUGUUGCCCAGCAAAAAGCCCCAAAACAUCACAGCUCUAGAGGAGAUCUGCAUGGAGGAAUGGGCCAAAAUACCAGCAACAGUGUGUGAAAACCUUGUGAAGACUUACAGAAAAUGUUUGACCUGUGUCAUUGCCAACAAAGGGUAUAUAACAAAGUAUUGAGAAACUAUUGUUAUUGACCAAAUACUUAUUUUCCACCAUAAUUUGCAAAUAAAUUCAUAAAAAAUCCUACAAUGUGAUUUUCUGGCUUUUUUUUUCUAAUGAUGAAAAUUACAAAAUUGCUCAAUUGGUGGCUGACUAAAUACUUUUUUGCCCCACUGUAUAUAUAUAAAUGCCAAACCUGUUCAGUCAUGCACUCAGUUUAGAGAAGUGAUUUUUAUUUUUUUAUUGUGUGGAUAUUAAUUAUUGGAUGCAAUAAAGACACAAUUCUUGUAAAGUUUACAUUAGCAGUCAUUCUAAAUCCUAUACAAUAGUAUUGCGUAGAGAAUAGUUACAUGAGUUACAUUUCCAGGUUUGUUUGAGGCAUUCAGACUACAGUCUUCUGCGAGGGGAUAAGGAUGUUUAGACUAUUCAAAUGGCUAAAUUAAUAUCAUAGUUCAAUUUUUUUAUUUUUUAUAUAUAUAUAAAAAAUAAAUGAUUUUCAGUUCAGAGUUUAGAAGAUACUAAAAAUCCCUACACUCUUGUUUGACUGCUGAACAGCUGCUUCGUCAGAAGAAAGUCUUCCGUUUCUCAGUCGUCAUAUUUAGUAUGGUUUUAUCUAAGUGAAGUACUUUUAGUAAGUGCUUUAAUUUACAGUGGUGUAUUUUAUUUGUACAAAUAUUUUGUGGGUAAAUGUUGCCAAACACAAUAGCCAUAACAAUGUAGAUCUCAGCUCCAUGUAGUAACCAUUCAUUCAGGGUUAGAUGGAUAUAUGAAGGAACAGUAGGCAUUGCGUUGGAAGAGUAGUGUCUUUGAUGCAACAGAAAAUACAUUUACAUACUACCUAUAUAUUUGAUCUUUUUUUACAUUUUAUCAUGUUUAUUUGAUCACAUUUGUAACUAUCAGAUACAAAUGCUCGCCAAAACCUGGAAGCUAAAAUCCCAUUCAAUCCAAUUUAAGCACUAACUGAAUUAACUAGGCAUUGGAUGACACACAAUCAAUGAUCAGGUAUUUUUGAAAAAGCAAUGUAAAAAAUCUGUACAACCAUAGUUUUGUUUUUGUAUGGAGUAGCUAAACAUGGUCUUGUAUUUAAAUGUAACUUAUUGAGACAGUGUUGUUUUAUAGUGUCCAUGGGUUUGUGGUGUUGAUGAAUAAAAUAACUCAAAAACC